AUGGGAGAAAGGUUCGCCCGCGUCUCGCGGAUAGCCCAGCUUUCCCAGGCCGUCGUCUCCGAGGGAGGCCAGAAGGUGAGAGGUCCUACCGCGGCGGCGGAGGCCGAGCUAGCAGGCGCAGCCGCAGCCCGGAGGUGGACGCCUACGAAGCCGACAGACGUAAGGCCAUCGCCGAGCGCGAGCGCAACCACCGCAAGUCAACCAUGGCCGAGAGCCUGCUGUCGGACCGUCGCGCCUCGCCGCCACCGCCACCUCCCCGUCGUGAGCGUUCGCGCGAACGCAACGGCGGUCGCGACCGUGAACGAGAGCGUGAACGGGAGCGAGACCGAGAUUACGAUCGCCCCAGCCGAUCCCCGUCGCGACGACGACGCAUACUACGACCGCGACCGACGUGACAGGGAGGUCCCCCCCCCCACAAAAACCUACCGCCGACGCAUCGAUUCGUAUGACGAACUUCCUUAUGGAGAUGAGCGUCCUUCUGGAUCCCGCCGCCGCAGAGACGACGAUGAUGCCGACAGACAAGAUUCCAGAGACUCCAAGCGAGUCAAGCGUGAGAAGACACCCCGCGAACGCGAGGCCAGCCCUCCUCGCGACGUCAAGACUAAGUCCCCCCUUCCCCCGACCGCCACUACCGCUGCUGCUGUGACGGGUAAGAAAGAAGCCAAGGAAGAUGACGCCGGCGUUCAUUCUGGGUCUGAGGAAGGCGAGAUUGAGGAGGAUUAG